UCUUCAGCCCAAACAACAAAAAUAAAGCCCACUCCACUCCACGCACAAAACUCUUCUGCAACACUCACUCAUCUUCAACCUCCUCCCCAAAAUCUUCCCCAAUUUUACAAACCCUAACCCUAGAAUCUCCGAAUCCAGAAUCCAAACAUGGUGUGCAUAAGAAAAGCAACGGUCGACGAUCUUCUCCAGAUGCAGGCUGCAAAUCUUCUCUGUUUACCAGAAAACUACCAGAUGAAAUACUACCUCUACCACAUUCUUUCAUGGCCGCAACUUCUCUACGUCGCCGAAGAUUACAACGGUAAAAUCGUGGGCUAUGUAUUAGCAAAAAUGGAGGAAGAAAGUACUGAAUGUCAUGGCCAUAUCACUUCUCUCGCUGUUCUUCGCACUCAUCGUAAACUAGGGUUAGCAACGAAGCUUAUGUCGGCGGCUCAAGCUGCUAUGGAACAUGUUUACAGUGCUGAAUAUGUGUCUCUUCAUGUUAGGAAGAGCAAUCGUGCGGCUUUUAGAUUGUAUACUGAAACUUUGGGUUAUAAGAUUCAUGAUAUUGAAGCUAAGUAUUAUGCUGAUGGGGAGGAUGCUUAUGAUAUGAGGAAGCAAUUGAAGGCGAAAUCGGGACACGGACACGGACACGGGCAUGGGCAUGGUCAUGGUCAUGGACAUCAUCAUCAUGGUGGGGAAUGCUGCUCUCAUGGGCAUGGUAGUGUGGAGACGGGGAAGGCGGUUGCUGCAUCGGAAUGAGGUUGAGAGGUCCUCAUGAAACCAGAAAAUGCUGCAAAUUUUCUUGUGGAUCGAGUUUUACUGGUAACUUUGCGCAAUCGUACACUGAAUCCACCUCAUGCAGUCAUGCCUUCUUUUGUUACGAAUCAUUCGUUUGGCCUUUUUUCGGAUCUAAUCAAUUCAGGUUGUGGCUUUCCUUGCUUCCUUCUUUUUGAAGACAAGUCAGACAGUGGUUCUUCAUUCUUUACUUCCUUGCUACUAGAGCGUAUCUCUGUAGCAUGUGAGGAUCUACAGAGCCUCUAAAUUAAACCACUUGACAGUUGACAUAGUUGCACUAAGCAUCUUUGUCUUCCUUGCUGGACUUUGACGACUACCUUUCCCGCUUUACAACUAUCGUGUUGAAUUUGGUACUCUAAAAAAUUAUCAAAGUGAAUCACGUACUAGUUAUAAAGAUUAUAGACUGAAAUGUAUUAUCUCUUCUGCAUGAAGUUACCCCUUAUUCUAAUGGAGAAUAAAUGAUGAGUGCCAACUUUGAACACUUAAAUAUUAAGUGCAGGCAAACACAGGAUUUCAGCUUUCCGGUAGUAAAAUAGUAGCAAUGAUGAUAAAUAUGUGUAUCUUUGCAAGGGAAUGUCACUUAUGGCCAUUUUCAUUUCAAAAUUCUCUUAUGAUUCUGCUAAUUGAUUAUCUAAUAUUCAACAUCAACAAACAGCAUCUGAUUUGAUUCUCUGCUUCCAUUUAAUUGCAAAACUUUCAGUUUUACGCUUACCAACACACAAUUUAUACUACUCCCUCCGUCCCAUAAUAUAGUACCUAUUUCUUUUUUGGUGGGUUAAACUUUAAAAUCUUUGACCGAAUAUUCUCAUUUAUAUAUAUAAAAAAACAUAUUCAUGUGA